AUGCGUAGGGUUGUGGUUGUCGCGUUGUCGGGCUUCUUCUCGUUAAUUGCGAGCGGCGCAGAGGCUACCAUCGAACUCUCUGUACUCACUGCCGACUCGCCGGUGACUUAUUCGGGAGCAAGCGUUUACUAUAAUAAAGAGUACGACAUUUGUGGCUUGUGCGACGGAGACUCCACCAGCUGCCAAGGAUGCGACGGAAUUCCGAACUCGCGUUUAGUGCUGGACGCGUGCGGUCGGUGCGGAAGUGAUUUCAGUUCGUCCUUCCUAUUCAACUCUACCUGCGGGAGUUGCACGGAAGAUGGAAACGCAGGCAUCUACGAAAGUUUGCACAGCAGUGGUGUCAUUGACGACUGCGGGGUGUGUGGGGAUCCCGCGGGCCAGCUUUUCUCGCGCCAGGGCGCUCCAAACUAUUUCACUGGCGGCUGUGUUGGGUGUGAUGGUGCAGCAAACUCGGCCAAUGAACUCGACAGUUGUGGGGUUUGCUCCGGUUUAAGCUGUGCGUCUACAGACCCUCUAAAGCGCAGCUGGUGCUGUGAUUGCGCGGGAACAGCAUUUGGACAAAGUCUCGUAAAUUUUUGCUGCGAGUGUGUGAAUCGUGAGCCGCAUUGGAAAGGGCUGUCUGGUUCUGUCUUCAAUGGGCCUCCAGUCAGCCACUCAUUUGCUGAGCAUAUGUGGUCAACGGCUCGGGGGUUGAUGAAGAGUGCGUCAGAACUAGCUGCCUCAUUUCAACUUGAUCUUGGGAACCGAACUGGUACGACACCUUAUGUUCGAGACAAAGCGAUUUACAGAACAUACGUAGAGGCAAAAGAGUACUUUACACAAGGUUGGCAUGCUAUGAAGGAUCGUCUAAUUUCAGAUGAUAAUAGCUCUUGCUAUUACGAUAUCUAUGUUGCCAGCAACACUUCAAAUCCAAGAGAUAUAUGUGGUGUCUGUCAUGGAGAUAACAGCAGCUGUGCAGGUUGUGAUCCCCGAGACACAAUUCUUCUCGGCGAGCCAGUACCGGACGACGGACUUUUUCCUGAUGAUUGCAUGAUUUGUGGAGGCCACAACUUACAAGUUGAUCAGUGCGGGAUCUGCUUUGGAGACAAUCGAACAUGUCUUGGAUGCGAUGGCAUCCCAAAUAGUGGUAGGGUGAUUGACAGAUGUGCAGGAUCCUCCGACUUUCGCUUUUUGAGCUUCUUGGGUGAAUUAGGAGAGGUUGGAAGUGGUUGUAGUGAGCCUGCAGAGUUCGAAACAGCAUGUAAUGCUGGUGAAGGCGGUUGCUGCGGGUGCGAUGGCGUGCCAAAUAGUGGCAAAACGCUCGAUGGUUGUUUUGUUUGUAUGGACCAGAAAAAUCCCAACUACACACAUCUGGUGAACGCGUCUUGCAGUGGUUGUGACGGUAUCGCUUUUUCAGGUGAAGUUUACGAUCACUGCUGUACAUGCAGUGGCUCAGAAACCUACAAUGAUGACUGCUACAAAAAUCUACUCGUCAACAUGACGGCCACUGUUCCUUUCGAUCCUUAUGUUAUGGACUAUUCUGCAUACUUCAACCUCGAAGGUCGCAGAUUGUUUGAUGAAUGUGGGGAAUGCCGGGGUUUUGGUUAUAACGGAUCAACGUGCAUCGGAUGCGAUGGGAAGUAUGGCUCGGGUUUGGUCGUUGAUGGAUGUGGAGUAUGUGGCGGUGACUGCUCCACCUGCAGAGCUUCUGAAACGGGCAUUUUGUAUGAUUGUGCCCCUCCAGGAAACGGCUGGACGGGGAUGGAUAAGACCUGCCAGUUUGUUCGUACAGAAGGUCCUGAUAAAUGGAAAAAUUGGAUCGCUUUUCCAAAUGGCACGGACGGCGAAGGAAGAAAAACGAUUACAUGGUUCGAGCGGGUCAAUCAACCUGGUGUUCCAAAUUUCACUGAUUAUGCAAAAGGGGAAUGCCGUAUGUUCUUGGAGCCCCCACCUCCUCCAAGUUUGCGCGAGAGACGCGAAUGGGUGGUCAUGGUAUAUGGCAAAGAAGAAGGCCCAUAUACAAUUAACGAGCUCGAAACGGGCUCGAUCCCGGUCAUUGAUAGCACUACGGGAGAUAAGGUGAACAUUCCGUUGCUGCCUGCUACACUGGUUUCUCAAAUGACUAGCUACACGCAAAAGCAAACCAUUCACUACGGCUACACUAGUCAGUAUCAGGCUCGAGUGCAAGAUUGGCAAGAAAGAUCUGCGAGUAAACUAAUUGAUAGUCCAGGUCAGGCAGGGGUAGAUAACGCAGUGAUCGUCGAAGGGCAAGCCAGUGAGUUGUGGAAUGGAGGAGUCUUCAUGCCAAUUGCGAUCAUGCCCGGUAUGGAGCGCAUAAUUUACCCGUAUUGCACAGGCUCCACGUGGCGAGGUAAGAAUCACAGGCUCCACGGAAAAAAACUACCGGGAAACUCGUUGGGCAUGAUUACUUCUGAGAACAUCACUGACACAAACGGGCAGUCUGACCGCGCUUGGAAUCCGCUUGAUGAGUACAUCUAUGACGUAUCUGGAGACUGGAUCGACCAGAAGUGCACUUGCUCCACGGAGUGGCAAUACGAUAGUCAGCCAUUAGCCCCGACAUGCUUGAAAGUAUGGUAUCCUUGGGAGGGACAGACUGGGGAUGGCUGGCCUAUUGUACGCACCAGAUACGUGAACGACACUGGACGUUUUUCUAUACACCAAAAGCGAUCUUGGGAAGGUGGGAGCUGGCGCCUUUCUGGCGGCUGGUGGAUUCAAGAUUACGGAGGCGGCUCGGCACAACAGAGCAGCCAAACUCCACGCCUUCUCGAUUCGUUUCGAUCAGGGGAUGGUUUUGGGUCAGACGCAAUGAGAGGACCUGUUCGAUCGGAUGCUAUUGGGACGGUAUCGUGGAUAACGUUUAGCCCCGAUAAUUAUGACGAAUAUGAUGGCAAAAAUAUGGGCAUCAGUAAGAACCGGACGUGUUAUUCUGCAGCGCGAUUAUCACAUGCCAAACGCCACAGUGCAGGUGCAGUUUGGGGUAAUUCAAGGGAAACCGUAACGGCGCAUUGGGAGUGUUCCUUUGCUUUUCUCCUUUCUGAACCUGCAGAGCGUUGUGAAGAUGUCUAUCAGGUAUCUCGAUCGUUCUCAGAGGCUGUGCACAUACACACACAUCGGACAUGUUCUACUGUUGGCGGUGAUGGUUUCGCUUUCGUUGUUCGCGACGACAAAGAAAAACCACCCGCCAUCACAGACGUUGGAGAUCUUGGACCUGGUAUUGGUUAUCAAGGAUUACGACACAGCCUCGCUGUGGAAUUUGACACAUGGCAUAAUCCUGAAAUGUCUGAGCCUUUUGGGCAUCACAUUGCAGUGCACACGAAUGGAGCGGGCACGAAUGAUGCUCACCACAAUGCCCACUUGGGAUUUACUUUGAACAUUCCCAAUAUCACCAACGGAGAAGUGCAUAACGUGCGUAUAUCAUAUGAGCCAGCUCCUAGCUAUGAUCAUGUGAUUGCAGCAAUUGAAUCAGGCUACCUCAAGGGAUCAUCACCAAAGCUCGUGGAUUUUGUCAAGGACAAUCCUGCCCUCCUCUCUAUUUUUGUGGAUGAAAUGUCCAUCCCAGUUCUGACAGUCCCCUUGUCCAUCGAAACAAUAUUGAGGCCGAAUCAAAGCACAGCUUGGAUCGGGUUCACAACUGGUACUGGUGAGGCAUGGCAAGCUAUUGACAUAUUAUCUUGGAACUUUUCUUCCUACUGA